CGUCCCCUCUGCGGAGUCUUUUCGGUAUUCACGAAGUGCUGUGAUUUAUUUAUUUCGUCUUUUCGUCUUUUCCUUCAGCCCCGGUGCCUGUAUGUGCAGGAAAGCAGCGCCGGAGCGGAGCUGCGCAAAAAGCGGAGUGGCGCUACCGCUGGGUUUGGGGGCGAGAGGUGCUGAACAGCGCUAGUGAUUGAGCGCUCAGCUGCGGCUGCGGAUUCGGACUGCAUAGCCACAGAUACAGCGCUGCUCCCUCCGCGCUUCCCAAAAAACAGGAUCACCGUCCGGGACCAUUUCUUAUUGCAAUCACUAUUAUUCGGGUCCGCUCCGUUAAUGGGGACCGAUGAAAGGGGGUGCUGGAGCGCAGAUCUGUUUUUAGGUUUUUUUUUUCUUCUGCACAAUUCAUACAGGCUUGCGUAUGCAGCGGGGAUAAAACGACUGCCUCACAUAUACGUGCAGGCGGUGUACACACGUUACACACAAAAUUAAAUAAAGUCGUCACUUUGGAGAUUAUCUAUCUAUCUAUCUAUAUCUAUAUUUAUACAUUUUGUUUGGAGACCGAGAUCGUAGAAAGCCGAAGGGACUCGAGUUCGGUGAAGGUUUCGGCUCGGCUCGGUUCGGUUCAGAGGUUUUGAAUAGACCGCUGAACGGUUCGGAGGACCGGGACGGCUAGUGAUGGAGAUACAGUUUUGGCCACAGCAUCGAGACUCGGGGAUCAUUCAGCGCAAAGCAGGGCAGUGAUUGCAGGGAGACACAAUGCCGGGGAUGGUCGUGUUUCGGAGGCGCUGGUCAGUGGGGAGUGAUGACCUGGUGCUGCCGGCUCUCUUUCUGUUCCUGCUACACGCCGUCUGGCUGGUAGUUCUGUCCGUGGUUCUGUUUGGGAUCAGCUAUGGGCCGGGGCAGUCCUGCUCGCUCACGCUGGUAGAUCACGGCCGGGGGUACCUGGGGAUCCUGGUGAGCUGCCUGAUCUGUGAGGGAGCCAUCAUCUGGCUGAGCAUGAGGGGCAGCAUCCUGUACACCGAGCCCAGAGAGUCCAUGCAGUAUGUGCUGUACAUCCGACUGGCGAUCCUAUUGGUGGAGCUGGUCUAUGCUAUUGUGGGGAUUGGCUGGUUGGUUCAGUACUAUGGGCCGUGCGAUGAUGUCACUGCCAAGAACGUCACACUGGGAAUUGUGGCCUGUAAUUGGCUGAUUAUCUUCAGUAUGUGCUUCACAUUGAUGUGCACCUUUGACCCCACGGGGCGGACCGUUGUCAAACUGAGGGCGACCAAGAGGAAGCAGAGAAAUCUACGGACCUACAAUCUGAGGCACCGGCUGGAGGAAGGCCAGGCGAGCAGCUGGACUCGGAGACUCAAGGUUUUCAUGUGCUGCUCUCGAGCCCAAGACUCUCAGUCUGAUGCGUACAGUGAGAUUGCAAAUCUCUUUGCUGAGUUUUUCCGUGAUCUGGAUAUCGUUCCCUCUGAUAUCAUCGCAGGGCUGGUCCUGCUGAGGCAGCAGCAGUGUGCCAAGCGCAGUGCCGUGCUGGACGAGGGGAACAACGACAUCCUGGCUUUCCUGUCGGGGAUGCCAGUCACCCGGAGCACCAAAUACCUCAACCUGAAGAACUCGCAGGAGAUGGGGAUGUAUAAGGAGGUUUGUUACUACAUGCUGUUUGCUCUGGCAGCGUACGGCUGGCCCAUGUACCUGAUGAGGAAACCAGCCUGCGGACUGUGCAGACUGGUCAGCUCCUGCCCAUGUCUCUCCCUCUCUCAGCCUCGCUUCUCCCCGGGAGUCACAGUGGAGGAUGAUAACUGCUGUAGCUGCAAUGUGAUCGCCAUCAAGAGGCACUUCCUGGACGAGAACCUGGCCGGGGUGGAGAUAGUGUACACGUCCUGCCACGAUGCUGUUUAUGAAACUCCGUUCUUUGUUGCGGUGGAUCAUGAAAAGAAGAAAGUGGUGAUCAGCAUCCGAGGAACCCUGUCCCCCAAGGACGCGCUGACAGACCUGACUGGAGAUGCAGAGAGGCUGCCUGUGGAGGAGCAGCAUGGCACCUGGCUGGGGCACAAGGGGAUGGUCCUGUCAGCCGAGUACAUCAAGAAGAAGCUGGAGCAGGAGAUGAUCCUGUCACAAGCGUUCGGCAGAGACUUGGGCCGCGGUACGAAGCACUACGGGUUGGUAGUGGUGGGGCACUCUCUGGGCGCCGGAACGGCCGCUAUUCUCUCCUUCCUGCUCCGCCCUGCCUACCCCUCGCUGCAGUGCUACUCCUACUCACCACCAGGGGGCCUGCUCAGUGAGGACGCUAUGGAGUAUUCGAAGGAGUUUGUCACCUCUGUGGUUCUGGGGAAGGAUCUGGUUCCCAGGAUUGGUCUGUCUCAGCUGGAAGGGUUCAGACGCCACCUGCUGGAAGUUCUGCAGAAGAGCAACAAGCCGAAGUGGCGUGUCAUCGUGGGCGGGACCAAGUGCAUCCCCAAGUCGGAGCUGCUGAACGAUGACCUCUCUGUGACCUCGGUCCCUAACAGCCGGCUGUGGACGCACCCCAGCGACCUCGCCAUUGCGCUGUCCGCCAGCACCCCGCUCUACCCCCCUGGCAGAGUGAUCCACGUCGUGCACAAUCACCCCCCUGAGAGCUGCUGUUGUGGUCAGGAGGAGCCCACCUACUCUGCUAUCUGGGGCGACAACAAGGCCUUCGAUGAGGUCAUAAUCUCCCCAGCCAUGCUGCACGAGCACCUGCCACACAUAGUCAUGAACGGACUGAACAAGGUCCUUGAGAACUAUAACCUGGGGAAGACGGCUCUGCUGUCGGCUGCGAAGAUCAUAGUGAGCCCCACGGAGAUGGACCUGAACCUGGAGACACUGUACCAGGACCAGGACCCCCCCGCGGGACCCCCGCAGGGGCAGCCCCUCACCCAGCCCUGCAGGAGCAACAGCGUCAGGAGCUGUGCGCGCUCGGAGAUCUCUCUGGAGGGUUUCUCGGAGGCGGCCUCGCCACUCCGCCCGCCCCCCUGCCUCCGGGACCCCGUGUCGGCUCUGCUGAGGGGGGCAAGGGAGCGGCUGGCUGGGGAGCUGCGGGAGAGGAAAGCUCCUCUGGCGGUGAUGGAGAGCCUGUCGGAUAACGAGUCUCUCUACAGCCUGGAUUCCCGCCGUUCCUCCGCGGCUUUCAGGGGCUCUCCCAGCCUGGGGCCCCUCCCAGAGCGGCACGAGGGGCCCUGCUUCUAUAUCGACCCCCCCAUCCCCGAGGAGAACCCCUCCCUCAGCUCCCGGACUGAGCUGCUCGCCGCAGACCAGCCAGACUCUGCUCUCGCCCUGUACAACCAGGCAUACUCCCCGACUGGGAGCAGCCAGCCGGGCGCGCUGUUUAACCAGGGCUUCUCUCCUCCCCACCUGACUGGAGCAGCGUCCUUGUUCAACACCUCCCCUCCCAGAGAGCAGGAGGCAGCGCACAGCCGGAGGUACCACUCCACCCCCAGCCACAGCUCCCACUCCCCUCCCGGCCACCAGAGGGCCUCCUCCGAGGGAGUGGAGUCGGGCCGGUUCAGCCAGUCCAGUGCUUCUCCAGGUUUGAAGUUGUUGAACGGCCGCCCCCCCUCCUCCUCCUCAGGGGCCCCCAGCCCGGCGCUUCUGGAGUUUGCCGAGUUCAUAGACGGCCUCUUCAACCUGGACUCGCGCCACGGCUCUCUGGGGGACGUGUUCCAGCUCUCCGAGGAGGAGGAGGAGGAGGAGUCGGGGCGGGGAUCGGACCCCCAGAACCAGGACUUGCAGCAGCAGAUUCUGGCCCGGGCCCAGUUCGAACCCAACCUGGUGCCCAAGCCCCCCCGCACCUUUGCUAGUUCUGCCGACCCCUCCUCUGGCAUCUCGCUGUCCCCCUCCCUCCCGCUCAGCUCCUCCCCCUUCGGUACCUAG